GGUGCUCUCGGCUGCGUCUUCCCUGAGCUUCUGGCCCGCAACGGCGUCAAGUUCGGCGAGGCUGUUUGGUUCAAGGCCGGUGCUCAGAUCUUCAGCGAGGGAGAUUUGGACUACCUGGGCAAUCCUAGCCUUGUUCAUGCUCAGAGCAUCCUCGCGAUUUGGGCUACUCAGGUCGUUCUCAUGGGAGCUGUUGAGGGAUACAGAGUUGCUGGUGGGCCUCUCGGUGAGGUGGUCGAUCCUUUGUACCCCGGCGGCAGCUUCGACCCGUUGGGGCUCGCGGACGAUCCGGAGGCUUUUGCUGAGCUGAAGGUGAAGGAGAUCAAGAACGGUAGGUUGGCGAUGUUCUCGAUGUUCGGGUUCUUCGUUCAGGCGAUCGUGACCGGAAAGGGGCCUUUGGAGAACUUGGCUGAUCACCUCGCUGAUCCUGUCAACAACAAUGCCUGGUCCUAUGCUACCAACUUU